CCAACUUGCGCAAUUGUAGUGCUGCUAAACUAAGAAAGUUUUCAAAUGUGCUCAACACUGAUUUUAACGUAAGACAAACAACAAUUUUGUAGUAAAUUAGAAACAUGCCGCCAAAGCGCGAUAAGAAGGACAGAAAGGGAAGUACGGAGGCAGAUGACAUGAACAAGCCGCAGCCACCGAAUAUAUUUCUGUACAUCCAGCUGGCAGGUAUCGGUCAACUGCCCACCACCAUAAAUCCACUGGAAUUACAUAUGGAGCAAGGCGGAAGUGUAAUUGUGAAAUGUGUGGAGCAAUAUAAUACCGAAGGGAUCAUUCUGCAGGAUGAGUUCUUAGCCAGGCCCACAUACACUCUGAUAUUCCAACAGGAUAACCUGGAUCGCAUUAAUCAUGCAGCCGACAAUCCAUUACUUAUUAAGCUUUAUAUGCGCAAAAGCGAUGGAAUUUCAUUCUAUGGUGAGGAGGAGGAAAUGGAAGAGGAGAAAAAUAUUGAAACCAUGUUGAAGGCGCUUCUAAAUGAAGUUGACAGUUCCUCGCAGGAGAAGGACGAUGCCGACAUGUUUAAUGAGAAGGAAGAGCUCGUCUUACUGUGUGUAGGAUAUCUGGAUGUAAUAAAACUCUUUGGCCAUCAUCGCAGCAUGAUGCGCGAGGAACUCUUUCUUUAUCCCGUGCCCAAUGUUCCAAAUGAGCUGCGUUCCACUGUGCAUUCCGAGUGGCAUCUUUACACGCUGGUGCCAAUUGCCAAGGAAUUAUCCUUCAACAACCUGGCAUUCAUCACCUUUGAGUCCAUUUACAAUUUAAAAGAGGAAUAUUCCCUUGAUACAUCCUCGUUUAAUGUACAACUGAGCUUUCGAUCGACAACGCCUAUAGCCCGCAACGAAUACCAUGUAAUUCCUUGGUGCAGCUUUAAUGGUUUCACCGAGGACUACAUUACAAAUCAGAACAACUAUCUAUUAUUUGAAUCUUUUCGGAACAGCAUUGAUCUUAGCUAUUGUACUGGCCUCAAGUCCACCAUGGAGGUACAAUUGCAUAAACUCUUCUCUCAGUUAAUGCGAUCUGAAGACUUGGACGUCGAUUUCGAUGCCAUAAGUAUACAAUAUGACUUGGCCCUUAUCUGCAACACCUUUCAUCGCUUCAUUCUCACCCUGGAUAUGUCCAACAUGCUGUUCAACGCGUUUGCCUGGAGGCGCUACGUGAUCCUGGUUGAAGCAUUUCAAGCGGUCCCCGAAGAGAAAAAAAAAGGCGCCAAGAAACUUUCUCCAAAAGCUCCGAAGCAAAAAAUAUUUGAGGGAAUUCUCGAUCCAUCUAUUAUGCUUUUUCCAGGUGUGCAAACGAUUCGCUUUGCUGUGGAGCUCAAGUAUCUGGGAACGAAGAAGAAGGUGGUGAAGUCGAAGCGGGUGACAACCAUAAAUGAACCAAUCUCCCAAAAAGACAGUCGCUUGAAUAAUGUGGAAUCAGAAGGCGCGACAUUUGCCAUCAUCAGAUUGUGCCUAUUGGCUCCGCUGGGUGAGACGUACAAUGAGCUAAAGGUCUUCCGUGAUAGCUUCAUUAGUCAGAACCGUUUGCUCCAUUGCAAUCUUCAGCCGCCAGAGCCAUCGAAAAUCACCCUAAGCGAAAUUCAACGUGAAAACUACGUACGAUUUGAUGCAUUUAUUCGCGAUACUAUGCGUUAUAUAGUUGAUAAGAAUGUUCACAGCGUCGAGGAGAAGCGUGGAAACUUUUGUUGUGUUCUUCAAAAUCUCACCAAUGUAUUGCUUAAAGUAGUGGGCAGUGAUUUCAAUAUGCGCACACACACAAAAACCAAUGCGGAAUUUACAAAUCUCUGCGCCGUUGCCUUUAAUGAAUUGGAAUCACGUAUUCACAAAAUUCUAAAUAAGAUCGAAGAGGAAGGCUUGGAGGAGCUAGUCAAGGAUAGACAUCAAAAAGUCGAAUUACUUCUUGAUAAUAUGAAUACUAUCAAAUUAUUGAACGCUGUCGGGGAUAAGCGCAUGUCAACUUAUUUUUAUGAGAAGGAAAAAUCACGUGGUGGCCCUCUUUUUGAGUUUUAUGAUCUGAUCGCUAAAAUGGAGCGUGCUGAAUAUGUGAUUGCUAAGGAAUUUUUCAAAACAUCGAAAAUACUUUCCAGUAAUCAUGAAUACUUUGCCGGUUGGAUUCAUAUUUUCCUCAACUAUGUGGAUACACGUGAUGAUCCAGAUCCUACUACAGCGGCCAAUGCAAAUGAAUGUCUAUUGAAUAGCAUUACUCAAUAUGCUGAGAAAUAUGGUCGCCAGUUGGAUGGUUGGAUACUGCUCUAUUGUUACUAUAAGCGUUUUGACUAUGCACCUGGAUUUACCUAUGCACGCUGGCGCUUGGAAGAACAAUUGGGACGUAGGCAGCCAAGAAUCAACGAAGCUGAAGCUCCCUUCAGUUUGUGGGGCCUCUUGUUGAAUAUGAAUCCCGAAUUCAAUACUAAACGCGGCACAAUGUUCUUCAAAUGCUUCAAAAUGUUUGUGCGUCUUGGCCUCUUUGAAUUCGGUCAGGUGAUCUUUGACGAGGUGCAGGAACAGUGCGAGGAGGUAGAUCGAUAUUUGAUCAAUACACAGCUUAAAAUUCUACUUAAUCAAUUGGAUGAGGGCUUUCAGCCAGUGGAGUAUGGUGGAGGCGAAGACAACUGUGAGGAGGAGGAGAUGAGUCCGCAAGCUGCCUUUGUUGCUCAGCUUAAUGGCAACAUUGAAUAUCAUCGUGGCAACUUGGAAAAGGCAGCCAGUUAUUAUGAACGCAUUAUGGACCAGUCUCCCGAAGGCGAUGCACGUGAUAAUUAUCUGUUGAGUAAAUUACGACUGGCUUAUAUCUCUUUUGAAAUGGAUAACUUUGACCAAACGAUCAAUGCUCUGAGUCAAUCUUUUCACGGCAAUCUCUUAACGUUGGUCUGUAAUUACUUGAUGGGCAAAGCUUACUACAAAGUAGAUGAACUUAAUAAGGCCCUCGAGUGCUUUAUUAGCUGCACCAGAUUUCGCACACAUGUGCCAAACAUUUGGGGAUUUCUGGCCCUAAUUAAUCUGCAACUCGGAAACAAUUUGAAUGCUAUCAAUUGCUGGAAAUACGCUAGAAUUGAUCCAACUAAACCUAUAACAGAUGAAACCAUUUUUGAGGAGCUAAAUCUUAUAGAUGUAGAUAGUAUAGAUCUUUAUAUAGACGUGCCCGAAUCAGGCAGCAGUUUGUCGUCUUCGGUGAGCAGCGGUGAUGAAUAAUGUACGAACGUACGUAAACUAUGUAAAGAACUGGUCUAAAACUAAUCACAAGCAACAAAUGAAGCCUUAAAUUUUCCAAUAUUAAAUAAAAAUGUGUAAAGUUGAGGCAAUAGCUAUGGAAAAAUAUUCUCCUAAGAAGUAUUAGUGUCCUUGAGGUCAGUCUCUUCUUUCCCAUAGUUAUUGUCUUCGCAUCACUCAUCUUGAUUUCACCCCAUA